GCCCCUCAGGAGCCGCCCGCAGCUCCUCACAGCGCUCCCGGCUCGUGCAGCCUGGGAUGGCCACGGUCACCUCGUGGAGGGGAAUCACGGAGGUGGUCACUGCCAGAAGGACAGAGCCACGCGAUGUCCCAGGCAUUAUCGCCCUCUUCAGCCCUGACACAGAAGACCUCUUCGGAAGGAUUGAUGUCACUUACCUUUUAGAAUUAUCAAAUCUUGCUUUGACGCUCUGCAAUGAGAAGAAUGAGAUUUUAGCCCAUGCUGCCUUUCUGGACUAUCCGAACUGGAAUAUCACUGAUCAGGCUGAAUGGGAACCAUUCCUGCAUAAAAACUACCCUGACAAUAAGUGCACUCCUGUGAACACGCUCUUCGUGCAUCUCUUUGUGGCAAAGGAAGAAUAUGCAGCUGGAUGUUCCCAAGAAAUUGUUAGGAGCACUUUCAUCUUACUACCAGAACUGCAGUAUAUACUUCUCUUUAUUCCACCUGAGGAGAGGUUAGGUUUUAGUCAUUCAGAGCUGGACAUGGGGGAUGUCUUUGAAAGGAUGCUGCCUGCUGCAGGCUCUCCCAUGGAGAGAGGUUUCUCCUUGCUGGCGUGCCCCAGGCAUCGGUGUCACCCUCAGCUGUACGUGCGCCAGGCCAGGUUGGAAGAUUAUGAUGAUCUCAUGCUAAUCUGGACACCUCAAAGUGAGACUCUGAAGGAAACCUAUGGUGAACAUGUCCUUGUUGAUCUCAUAGAACGUGAAGGUGAAGAAAAACAGGCAGCUGUUUGUGAGGUUGGUGGCACUGCAGUAGGAUUCAUGAGCUUGUGUUCUCACGUGAACACUUCCUUGUUUCAAGAUUGUUUUGACUUGGGGCCUUUCCAUGGGCUCUGUAAACCACACCCUGAGGAUAUUCUCAAAGUGCCACGGAAGCCAAGCGUUCAUGGAGAUGAAGAUGAAAGCACCCAAGCCAGUGAAAAGCCAGAGCCUGUUUCAUCUCCAAGCUCGGAACAUGUUCCUGGUGCAGAUGCAGCUGUGCAGAAAGAGGAAACCCUGGCUGUCUCCCAGACUGAGCUGCCGGUAGGUGAUGGCAGCAGCACAGCCUCUGAAGGCUCAGCAGCACCUCUCCUGGAGACUGAUGAGGAGGGGGAUUUGCUUCCUGUGUACAGAGGAGCUUCAAAUGCUUUCCUUAUCCGUCUGUUUUUUAUUGAUGAGAAGUAUGAGACUAGGUCACUGGAUUUUUUGCAGUAUGCUUUCAGCGUUUUCCCAGACCGAGACCUGUGUGUGAUGCUGGUGCCACAUCACAUCCCGGAGCUGCCCCUGAUGCAGAGCUUUGUUCGGGCCGUGCCUGUCCCUUCCUGCACGUCCCACCUGGGCCGGGAGCUGUACGUGUUCCACCGUGCAGGACUGCUCACGUCAUUUAAUGUAAGAAAAGCAGUAACCAGUGACCUAGAGGGUAUAAAAACGCUAGUUGAAACUCUUAGCUUGAGUGAAAGGAUGUGGGAUGACUCCAAGAUAUUCACUGAGGCUCGCAGGGAACCAGAUGGGAUGCCAGUACAGGCUUUUGUAGCAGAAGUUGCAGAUCAAAUUGUGGGUGUUUCCGUCACUAGGGACGAAAUGGAUAUUGAAUAUAUUCGAUCACAUUACAACAUUGAGGACUUCAUUCUUUUUCACCACCACCAGCAAGAGGAACAUGGCCAUCUUUGCCACUUUGUCUUGAAUCCUGCAUUUCAUCACUAUACAAAAUACUUCCUGAAGGAGAUUCUUCGUUUGGGUCACAAAUCUUCUCUUUACUACCCUAUUUAUCCAGAAUAUGUGGAGGGCAAGCUGCAGCGUCCCUGUGCCCAUUCCCUGACAUCUGCCCUUCAUGCCAUGGCUCCCGUGCGGCCCAGACGACAGAUUGUCUAUCCGCUGCGCGAGCUUGGCGCGAACGCGCCGUCGGAGCGGCUCUCGGCGGAUCAGCCGAAAUAUUCUUUGAACCACACAAAUCGAAAGCUGGUGCUGGAAUCCAAAGUGUGCAUCAACACUAGAAUUGUGGUGGUUGGUGCAUCUGAUGUUGGAAUCUCUUUUCUGGAAACACUGGUUUUUUGGCCACGUCUGAAGUUCAACAACCUGACCUUGAUUUCCAUUCAUGGACUUCCAGGAAAAGACCCACAGAGCUCCAAGUAUAGAAGAUUUUUAAUUAGCAGCCACUGUUUUGAUGAUGAAGAUUAUGCCCAGAUGUCACUUUGUUCCUGGGUUAACGUCGUGGUUGGGAGGAUGACGGCCAUAAACCGCCGUGCCAAGUGCGUUGUGGUUGACAAGGACAAGGAGGUGCCCUACGACUACCUGGUGCUGUGCACGGGGCAGAGCUACCAGGCCCUGGCUCCCGUGGAAGCAGAGGUGAGUGGAGCCCCGAGUCAGUGGCCGCAGAGGUACCUGGGGACAGUCCCUGCCAAUCACUUCACUCCCAACGAUGCUCAGGACUGCUUGGAGGCUGCACACUGGCUGGAGGAGAACCUUGACAGCUCCACAGGGAACGUCAUUGUCUAUGGGAACACGAUCGACAUGUACACCACGGUGGAAGCCCUGCUGUCCCUGGGGAUCGAGGGUUCCCACAUCCAUGUGGUGCAGGCUCCGCUGGGCUGUGGCAGCCCCUGCCUGGAGGAUGAGGCAGUGCAGGGCAGGGUGCAGGAGGCCCUGGCUGAGGCAGGUGUGACCCUGCACCCCGAGCGAGUCCUGGCGCGGUGGGAGCGCGACGAGCGCGGGCACAUCAGCGGGGCGGAGUUCGGCAGCGCCGAGGGCGAGGCACUGCGGCUGCCCUGUGCUGCAUUUUUCAGCUUUGCCUACAGGACACUGGAUUAUGAAACCUUCAAGGCUGCCAGUGAUGCUUGCCUUGUUCUUGAUGGAAGAGUUGUGAUUGAUACCAAAUUCCACACCAACGAUGCCAACAUCAGGGCUGCAGGUCCCAUGACGAAGUUCUCCAGGAGAUACUUCAGGGAUGAUGUGACACACAGCAACUUCAACUCCAAGGAGAUUGGCUUUGAGCUUGCUGCUUCCAUGCUGAGUCUCUUUGAUCCAACCUCUCAGCCCAGUUCUGAGCCACCAGAAGGCUCAGACAGACUCAUCCCCGUAUACAAAAUGUGUAAAAUUCAAGGUGGUGUUCUUCCUGGAGGUUAUAACUACUUGCACAUUUCCAAGCCUGGAGUCCCCACGUCCUUGGAUGUAGCACAUGACACAUGUGAUCACGGCACGCAGAUUGUGACCGGGGAGGCCGCUCGGGGGAAUUACUUCAGGCUGCGCUUCAGCAGGUACCACGUGGUGGACAGCAUCACCUGCUUUGCCGAGGAGCCCUUCCCUGUGUCCAACUACGUGUGCCUGCUGGGGCAGCACGAGCGGCUGCUCAACGACCUGUACUACCGCUGGAGGGCCGGGCAGCUCACCGACCUCUACAGCUACUUCAGGGAACCUUGGUCCAUGGCCAUCUAUCACGAUCGGUUUAUUGAUCUGCAGAAGGAACUGCGCCAAACCCUGAUGUCAGAACAGGAGCCCGGCCAGCCGCCCGCCGCCGAGCUGCGCCCCGAGCCCCGACUG